UCCACCGUGCAGUUCAACCUUUCUCUCCCAACAGCUUCCACCACCAAGCAAAUUCAUUUCCCAUCUUCAAGGUCACUCUCUUCCCUUUCCCUUCCCAGUCCAUGCCCCUCCUAUGCCAUCCAUCUCCUCCACUUUCGUUCUCUUCCGUUACCUUCUCUCCUCAUUCCUCCCAACCCACUCCACCUCCAUCUUCAUCUCCCAGUUCCACCUUGCCCACCGCCUCUUUUUGCCUUCCGGUCCCUCAAUCCCUCUCCAGCGCCAUCUCCAACCCACUAAUACGAACCUCACUCAAACCCCAAUACGAUCCCUCUUUGCAUUAAUACUCCUCGUAUUAAUACUGUGCUACGACCUUCACUUAGGUGGCGGAGGUCGCCAGGCCGAGCAGCCGUACGACCACAGACGACUUCUCGAUUCGACAGUACAUGGAGGCUUUGCGAGCGGCUAGCGAAACGGACUGGGCCGGAGUGCUCGAAAGUAGCGGCAUGGGCGGAGCGAACGGGGUCGUCCUCAACGACCGGCUCAUGACCGAGGCUUCGCUGGGCGUGAUCUCGCAGCUGAGUUCCCUGGGCUCCCUCAGCACCCUCGGCUCCAUCAGCACCAUCCUGGCGGCGCAGCAGCAGGAGACGCCGACGGUGAAGGUGGAGCAUUCGUACAGCCUGUCGAGCGAGCGGAGCGAAGCCGACUCGUCCCUCUCAGACUUGGAGAGCGAGUGCUUCCCCGCCAUCCCCAUCUCAGAGGCCGAAGGAAGUGGCGGAGGAGUAGGAGGAGGGGGAUCGACCUCGUCCACCUCCUCGACGACCACCAGCACCUCGUCCUCAACCUCAACCUCGCCCUCGACCAUCACCAAGAACAGCAUCGCACCCGCCCACACCCCGCAAGAGACGAGCGACAAAGACCCCUUAUCCCUGAACACGAUCGUCACCGCAACGAGCGUGGCCACAGCACCCGGCAGUAGCAAGAAGGUCCUGGGCCCUCCCCCUCUGUCGCCUCUGGUGGGACACGAGAGAACGGCGGCGCACGAAGUCACCCACGCGGAAACUGCCACCGCGACGGCCUUUCUGUCCAAUGCUGUGCUCAGUGUGCCCACGAUUAAGACAACCAUGGGAUUGGUACGACCAAGUGCUGUAGUGGUCACACAACGCAGUGGUACAGGAAUGGUCCACAGCCCAAGUACACGUCUCAGUGUAACAUCUCGCACACUGAAGCUCCCUACAACAUCUGCAGUGACAAUUUCCUCUCCUUCAGCAUCAUCUUCUUCUUCCGUGUCUACUGCAUCAUCAUCUGACACAGGAUUCUACAUGCCUCCAACACCCCCCUCCUGCUCAAGCAGUGAUAGUGAAUGUGGCGGACAGUCCCCUCCCCGCACACCUCCUUUAUAUGAAACUCUCACUCCACAAUUUGCAAAUCCUCGCAAGGGAACAGCACGCAUUCUUGUCUCUUCAAGAAACCCAAUUAACACUCCACUUAUCUCAUCACAGCCGAAAGGAGCAACGGGAGUCAUCAAUCUCACAGAGGAAGAAAAGAGGACCUUGCUCUCAGAGGGCUACAGUGUCCCCAGCAGACUCCCACUCACCAAAAGCGAAGAGAAGUCGCUCAAGAAAAUCAGAAGAAAAAUCAAGAAUAAGAUCUCAGCCCAGGAGUCCCGUCGCAAGAAGAAGGAGUACAUGGACGCCCUGGAGAGAAAAGUGGAGAAACUGAGCAGCGAGAACAUGGAGAGCAAGCGGCGCAUUGAGAUCCUGCAAGCAUCCAAUUCCCAGUUGAUGUUAGAAGUCCAGCGUUUGCAGAGCAUGAUAGAGAUCGAUGAGAAGACUAGGAUCAGAUCGACGCCUUUAGCAACGUUGCUCUCGUAAAGAAGUUGGUAUGAGCCAUCAAUAUUCAAAACCAGAGAAGUAUAUCUCUACAGGAGAUGAAUUAAAAUCUCACCAUUCCUUUCAUAUAAGUGCCUUUCACCUUGUAUGGAGUUAAGUGGCAUUAUUUUUAUACCUGAUGUAUGGUUGAGGAGGGAAUUAUCAACUAUGGUACAUUCCACGACAAAAACGAAACAAAAAAAAAAACAAAAACAGAAAGAGAGAGUUGCUUUUAUUUUGUAAUCAUAAAUUAUGCCAGACCUGUUACAUUAUUUUUGAAAAAUGAAAAGAAUAGAGAAAAACUCAUGGAAGUGUAUAUUUUGUAUAUAGAUGUUUUAAGAUGUAGGCUGUAGACAAUCGCAACAAGGUAGAAUUUUAUAUUGUUGAUGAUUUUUUAAAAGUUUAGCAUUGAAUGAUGAGUGUUUAUUGUACAGAGGUGAUUUUAUUACAAGACAUUACAGUGUUGUAAUGGAUAAUGAAUGCCAAGAUGAUUUUCUUUACGUAUUCAUAUACUACUGGUUUCUGAUGGUGGGAGAUGUGUUUUUUAUUUUUAUUUUUUUUUUUUUUUCAUUAAUAUGAUAAUGUUUAAUAAUCAUUUACUUCUAUAAUAACUCAACUUUGACAUUUACAAUAAUUUAGUUGGUAUUGCUGACAGAUCAUAUGUAUUAAUGAUGACUUUUU